CGGGGGUUCCGGACGCGGCUGGGCACACGCAGACACUGCUUUAAGGUGACAUCAUGGAUAAAUAUGAAAUCAUUAAAAAAAUUGGAGAAGGAUCUUUUGGCAGAAUAUUCUUGGCAAAAGGAAAAGUGGAUAAUGAGCAGUGUGUUAUCAAAGAGAUCAAUUUAACUAAGAUGCCCGUGAAAGAAAAAGAAGCCUCUCAGAAAGAAGUCAUUCUUCUGGCUAAGAUGCAGCAUGCAAAUAUCGUAACCUUCUAUGCUUCUUUGCAAGAAAAGAACAAGCUAUAUAUUGUGAUGGAAUACUGUGAUGGUGGAGAUUUAAUGAAGCGGAUAAAUAUGCAGCAUGGAGUGCUAUUUGAUGAGGACCAGAUUCUGAGUUGGUUUGUGCAGAUCUCCUUGGGCUUGAAGCAUAUUCAUGACAAGAAGAUUUUACACAGAGAUGUGAAAGCACAGAACAUUUUUCUUAGCAAUAAUGGAAAGGUAGCAAAGCUUGGGGACUUUGGCAUAGCAAGACAGUUGAACAGCACUAUGGAGUUUGCCCAUACCUGUGUAGGGACCCCCUAUUACCUGUCACCAGAGAUCUGUGAAAAUCGACCAUAUAACAACAAAACAGAUAUAUGGUCUCUUGGCUGUGUGCUUUAUGAACUAUGUGCACUAAAGCAUCCUUUUGAAGGCAACAGUUUGCACCAGCUGGUGCUGAAGAUCUGCAGAGGACAUUUUCACCCAGUGUCUCCCAACUACUCAUAUGAUCUGAGGCUAUUAAUUUCCCAGUUGUUUAAAGUAUCACCAAGAGAUCGACCAUCUAUCAACUCUAUUUUAAGGAAGCCCUUCUUGCAGAAGCUUGUCCUCAGGUAUUUGCCCCCUGAGGAAGAACUAAGUCAUGCUGUGGUAGAUGGAAAAGACCCUUCAGCAUCAGAGCCUGGAGCCAAGCUGAUACAAGAUAAACUUCAAAAAAGAGGAGUCCAGGACCAAGUUCCUCCAGCAUCUGGAAUGGUGGUAACUGUCAAACAGGAAUUAUUUCAAAUAAAUGAAUGGAAACCUCCUUCAAGAGGCCAACAGCCUAUUUUUCAGGUGCAGAGCUCCAGAUUUAAAAUGGCAGAAAGGCCAGAAAGUAUUAAAGUACAUGGACAUUAUGGUCAUUACUAUGAUAAGCUGGACAACUUGCAGAGGAAAGCUAAUGCACACAACGACCUUUCUCAUGUAAGUCAAAGAGUUGAGGAAUACGAUAAGCUAAAAGGACAAGUUGCACCUCCACCCCCACCACCCGACUGGCCCGCAGAAUAUUUUCAAAGGCGUUUUGAAGCCCAACAGUACAAGAUUAAAGUAGAAAAACAGCUGGGGCUGCGACCAUCCUCUGCUGACCCAUAUCGUGAGCAAAUACAGCAGCAGAAAAUAGAGGAACAACAUCUCAGAAACCAUCAGCAGGACAUAUCUAGAAAGAAUGAAAUGAAAGAACAGGAGUACCUGAAACAAUUACAGAAAAUUCGGGAAGAAUACCACAGCGAUAUGAAGGAAUUCAGAGUUAGAGCAGGAGUACUCCAGGAGACUCAAAAAAUACAAGAUAAAACCUAUCUUGUGAGGCAAGGGAAAGCUGAGGACCAGGCUGAAACCAAGGAUACAGCUACAGCAGGAGAAGAGUCACUUCAGGACAUGGAAGAAAACUUUAAACAAGUCAGACUCCAGGAUGGGCAAGACCAAAACAUCCUAGAAAGGAAACAUAACAGAAAGGGAGGAGUAAAGUUUGAAAUUAAUCUAGAUUUAUGUGCUCCUGAGGAAGACAGAAUUCAAGAAGCAGAGGUACUAGACAAACUCACUGAGACUUUAACCUUUAUGGAUGCUGAGAAUGUUAAGGAGAAACUGGUGGAAGUUCAUGAAGAUCGUAGGGACAGAGCUUUGGAAGAACUAUCUGGAUACCAACCAGAGUCCAGUGACGCAGAUAAUACAAAAGAAAACAGAAAACACUGGCAGGCUGGAGCCCCUCAGACGCUACUGAAUUUUCUAGCUGAUGCUGCUGUCACAUCUGUAUGCCCUACUAUGGCUGAAAAUGAACCUGCUGCCCGAGUUGCUCUGCCUGAAGACACCCCGGCAAGCAGGACGCGGUGGAAGCACACACCACCAGCACCACUCCGGAACGUCUUGGCAGCAGCAGAGCUGUCUAACGAGUCCUUCAUCCGUCUUGAAGAAGCAGCAGAAGGGAGAUUAACUGUGUUGCCCCCAAAAGAAAACAAGGACGAGGAUUCAGAGACAGACGCUGCUGCUGCUGCUGGAGGCAGACCUGAGCUGAGGUCAGAAGGUGAAGACAUGUAAGUCAAGCACAUCAGAGAAAUCCCUACAGCUGAACAGUUUCAUGAAAUGGCAGGUUACAUUGCCUACAGCUUUUAAAUUCAUAAAUGAAGAAACCUUCCUUGUCUUGCGGAGUCUGCUAAUUCAACUUGUGCCGUUUCACGUGCCGUACGCCAGCGCUGUCAUUAGAACUGUUAUGCAGAGUAUUAACAGGGCUUUGAAGCUCCUGUUCUCUUGCCUUAUAAAUACAGGCAAACAAUCUCACAGAGGAACAGUUCACAUUAUGUGUGUUGCUUGACACUCUUUAUAAAGUGUUUAAAAAAAUCUCAAAGACCUUGAAAGGAGAAAGGCUUGUAACAAAGAUAUAUUUAAUUAAUAUAAUUACCUUGCUUUGCUUUACAGACAUUUUGAAGAUUCUGAAGAUGAACUCAGACACGAGUUAGAGGAAUCAUUGGAAAAAGUGGCAAUUUCUCCAGCAGAUAGAACCACAGAGUCUCCCAUCAGGUCAAACAGAUGAAGAUGAAUUAACCUCACAAACUACUCGGAAAAUCUGAUGCUGAUUUAGAAGAUAACCGUGGGUCACUCAGUAUUGAUACCCACAAUGAAAAAGGCGAGCAGGAAGCAAGAGCUACCUAAACCACCAGCACAGCUACUCUUUCAAAGCUUUAACUUGCUUGAAAUUUCAGUCACAUCAGUAACAAAACUUAAGGAUAGCUGACAUAAUAAUGCCAAGUAAAUCAACUGCUUUUCAACAGUGCUAAAUGCUAAUUAAAAUUAGAAGGUUGUUACUAUUUUGUUUAAAAGGCAAAAAAAUCAGGCUACUCUUCAGAUGUCUAAAUAUUGAAAAAUCCUCACCCAGACUGAAAUGCUCUUUCAUCUUUAUUAUUCUAACUACCUGGGACAUCUCUGACAGCACUUGCUUGAGCAAAUUUCUGACUGCAUACCCUCUUUAACCAUUUUUGUAUCACGUAAUAAAGCCUCCUAGUCAGUAUA